CACAAAGCACAAUGGGAAAGUAAAAAUAUAUCGCAAGUUCCUCGGUCUGCUUAUAUUUGCAAAGUCAUCGGGCAGAGCUCCCUAAGACAGUUAAGUUAUUCUUUUAGUCAGAGUGUUCCGAAAAAUUACUCUCCUCCUUCUAUGAAACACGAUGGAGUUGUUCGUGGAUUAUCGCUGUGAAUAUCAAGGAGAAACAGGCAAAAUCAAACUUUCGCUCCCUCGCUUCGAGGGCAUCAGCAUUAGAGAUGUAAAGUUUGCUAUUCAAGAUGCGAUUCGUGCUCCGGUGUGUGAUCAACGACUGUUUUACCAAGAUCGAUUAUUGACAGACGAUAGCAUGCUUCUCAGCAGAUUGUAUUUCCGCGAGGGUGACUGUUUUAAGUUAAAUUUUCUCUCCCCUGUGGAUAUCAGCGGCAUGAAAAGCGAAUUAAAUGUCUUAAAAGGUGCUGCCAAAGAAAUUGUGGAUGUGCUAGAGAGACAGCUCCCCGAUAACAGCCGCAUAGAAAACGACUAUAUUGGCCUGUUGAGAUUUUUCUAUCGUGUGCAGGUUGCUUUGGAGAAACUUGCAGCUGAAUUUUUCCAUCCCUGGAAAUGUAUUAGGACUGAUGCCCACAGGCACUUCUUUGUACAAGAAGGAGGGUUUGACGCAUUUCUUGAAGUGUUUAAAUUUUCGCGAGAACUGUUCAUGAAUGAGGACGAGAUUGAAGAGGAAGAUAUUCUGGAGCAACGCAAGUACAACUUAAAUCGAGUUCAACUUGUUCUUCAACAAUGCUGCCUAGAUCUUUUGUGGGUUUUCUCAGAGAGAGCACAAGACCGAGAGUUUGUUUUAUCAAAAAGCAUUCUUCCCAUGCUAUUCAAUGCACUACUUCUUCCACAUCCUUAUCCAGUGGAAAGUUUUCCAACGUUGCAUGAUGGACGCCUUGCCACCUUGGUACUUCAAGUGAAUGAGGCGGCCAUUGGAUGUGUUGGAGGAUUAGUGGAACUAGAUCCCAAUGCUCAAGAGGUAGUUUCCAAAAUGUCCCAACUGAUUGACAAGCUUGUAUUUAUGAUAGACAGGCAUCAAUCAAUGCGAGCAGGAUACUCACUUUUUUCCAGCCAAGUUGCAGCAAACACUUUGUUUUAUUGCACUUUUAAUGUUAAAUCUGCUACAACAUUAGUGGAUUGUGGAGCACUGGAUAAAAUUAUUGACAUCACAACAAACCUACUAGAUGAAAUGCAUGGAGAUACACCUCUCAGGUACUACUGUUGUUUGUUCCUUGCAAGAAUACUCUCAGCUCCAUUGGCUAGGGUGGAGAAAGACACUAAAAGUACUGUUGAUGUACUUAUCAACAAGUUUCUGGAAAGGCAUAUUCCCAGUGAAAUAUCAGAAUGGGAGGAAUCAUUGAGUUUUGAGUGGGUCACAAUUGUGCCUUUAGUUCAUCUUGCUUUUGCAGCAGGAAAGGAAUGGAAAAAAACAACCAAUCCAACAAUUCAAGAAAAGAAUAAUGUUGAAAGUCAUUUCGCUUCCCACAGUACAAACAUGGCUACUUUAGACUCAAGCAAAAUGAUCAGUGAUUCUGAUACCAAUCUGGAUAUGAAUACUUCACCUCUGUCUGGAAUUAGAGGUCGUGAAAUGGUUUGUUUAAGUAACCAGUUCACUUGGCCAGGCUCUUCUGCAAUUCAGAGGCUUGGAAUCUUUUCUCUUGUCCACAUGCUCUCCAUUAAAGACAACCAAAAGCUAGCACUGUCUCAAAACCUUGUCCCAUACCUGGUUUGUCUGUCAUGGCAGCUGGAUCCUGAAAAUAGAGGCAAGCUCAUUGCAAGCCUGGCUAAUUUCCAAAACAUUUCACCCCCUUCUUUAAAAAUUACUGUUAAAUCUGUGCUCUCUUUUGUUAAUGGGUUUGAUAUGGUUUUUAACUUGUAAGCUAUCCAAAAUUCACCUGACAAGACUUAAUUAAAUUGAGGGGUAAAUUUUGGGUAUUAAGUUAAACAAAUAAUACAGAAAUCUCAAUUAAAUCCCAAAUUCACAUUUCUUUCAACUAGAGAAAUGAUUAACUUAACUUAUGUGUAAGCAUUAGCCAGGUCAAAUUCACAAAUUGCAAACUAGUACACAGAAUCAAGCUAAAAUUAUUUAGCUGUAAAAAAUACUUAUUACACUCAUGACAGAUAUGUUUUAAAUGAUGGAAUGGGAUAAAAAUAAGAAAAUAUUUUUAGAAAUUAUUUGUAUUGUAUUUUAUUUCAGUUUUGCAAUUGGUAUGUCAUGAUUUGCUUUUUGCCAUGCACUUCAAGGAAAUAAAACGUGCAUUCUUAUGGAAAUGGUCCUAACUACUUUAAAAUAGGUUGUCUUUAUGUUCUUAUUCAGUUGUGUACUAAAUUCUUAACUCAAUCAAAGAAUAUUUCGUAACCCACACCACUUAACUGAAGAAAUGGAACUUAUACAGUCAGAGAUUAUCAUUAUAUUUUUUACCUUGAUAUUAAAAUUU